AUAAACCAAAAGCAAUUUUAAAAAAGAAAUUAUACCCAAUGCCAUUCCCAUAUCAAAAGCAUCCAAAGACUCUCUCUUUCUCUCUCUCUCUUCCUCUGUGUCUCUGGCAGCUCAGUUGAAUUCUUUAAAAUCACCACCUUCUGAGUUCAACAAAUCUUCCAUUAAUGGCUGCUUCUGAACCUAUUAUGAGGCUUCUCUUCAUCUUCUCUCUCCUCUUCAUCUUCCUCACACCUUCUCAUUCAAUUCCUCUGCACAAUCUGUAUCUUAAAAGGCAAGCUUCAAUCCUUGUUUCUCUCAAACAAUCAUUUGAACCUCCAAUCUCUUGUCUGAAUACCUGGAAUGUCUCAAAUUACAUGUCUCUCUGUUCUUGGACUGGCAUCAAAUGUGAUACCAACAACAGAUCAAUUGUUUCGCUCGACAUAUCUAAUUACAACAUCUCCGGCUCUGUUUCCCCUGCCAUCACCGAUCUUCGCACCCUCGUGAAUCUUUCUCUCUCCGGGAACAGUUUCUCCGGAACUUUCCCACCUCGAAUUCACAAGCUAAGAAGCCUUCAAUUCCUCAACAUUUCAAACAACAUGUUCAAUGGAAGUCUGAACUGGCAAUUCUCUCUGUUGAAAGAGCUGUUGGUGCUCGAUGCUUACAACAACGCCUUCUCUGGCUCGCUUCCAUUGGGCGUCACCGAGCUUCGGAAUCUGAUGCAUUUGGAUUUUGGCGGGAAUUACUUUUCCGGGGAAAUCCCACCUAGCUAUGGAAGCCUGGAAAAGCUCGAUUUUCUCUCCCUCGCGGGGAACGAUUUGGUUGGUUUCAUACCCAGUCAGCUUGGCAACCUUACUAAUCUGAAGAAGCUUCAAUUGGGUUACUUCAAUCAGUUUGAAGGUGGAAUCCCAUCUGAGCUUGGUAAUCUGAUCAACUUGGUUCAUCUAGACCUUUCCAGUUGCGGCUUGAAAGGUCCGAUUCCACCCGAAUUGGGAAAUCUUAACAAUCUUGACACUUUGUUUCUACAAACAAAUCAACUUUCCGGUUCAAUCCCUGCCCAGUUAGGCAAUCUAACAAGCUUAAAGACUCUUGAUCUUUCGAUCAACGGACUCACAGGCGAAAUCCCAGUCGAGUUUGUGGCCCUCCACGAGCUCACCCUCUUGAACCUGUUCAUCAACAAGUUUCAUGGGGAGAUUCCUCGAGCCAUCGCCGAGCUGCCCAAUUUGGAAGUCCUGAACCUCUGGCAAAACAAUUUCAUCGGUUCAAUCCCAUCGGAGCUUGGACAGAACGGUAAAUUGAUAGAACUCGAUCUUUCGACUAAUAAGCUCACUGGAUUACUGCCCAAAUUUCUUUGUUCUGGAAGGAAGCUAAAAAUCUUGAUCCUGCUCAACAAUUUUUUGUUUGGGCCUCUACCCGAUGACUUGGGAAAAUGCGAUUCACUCUCGAGAGUUAGGCUGGGGCAGAAUUAUCUGAAUGGGUCGAUACCAAACGGGUUUUUGUACUUGCCUGAGCUGUCACUCAUGGAAUUGCAUAACAAUUACCUCACUGGACAAUUUGAGGAAGAGAGAAGCAAGGUGGCUUCAAAACUUACCCAGCUGAAUCUAUCGAAUAAUCGCUUAUCGGGUUCCCUUCCUAGUUCUAUUGGAAAUUUCUCAAGCUUGAAUAUUCUUCUGUUGAAUGGGAACCGAUUCACAGGAGAAAUUCCAUCCGAUACAGGGCGGUUGAAGAACAUUUUAAAGUUAGAUAUGAGCAGAAACAAUUUCUCUGGUGGAAUUCCUCCUGAGAUUGGUAAUUGUCUCUUGCUAACUUACUUGGAUUUGAGCCAAAACCAACUCUCAGGUCCAAUAUCAGUUCAAAUUUCUCAAAUUCAUAUACUGAAUUAUCUCAACAUUUCUUGGAACCAAUUGAACCAGAGCCUUCCCAAGGAAAUUGGGUCCAUGAAGAGCCUAACAUCAGCAGAUUUCUCCCACAACAACUUCUCUGGCUCGAUACCCCAAACCGGACAAUAUUCAGUCUUCAAUUCAACUUCCUUUGUCGGCAACCCUCUUCUCUGCGGAUCAUACUCAAACCCGUGCAACGAUUCAUCAACCCCACUGCCACAAGUCAUCGACCAAAACGACAAAAAAUCAAAAGUCUCUGGAAAAUACAAGCUCGUUUUCGCUCUGGGACUUCUAGCAUGUUCAUUAUUGUUUGCUGUAUUGGCAAUCGUCAAAUCCCGAAAGUCACGAAAGAAUCCGAAUUCAUGGAAGCUGACAGCGUUUCAAAAACUCGGAUUUGGAAGCAAGGACAUAUUGGAAUGCUUGAAAGACAACAACGUGAUCGGGAAAGGUGGAGCGGGGAUUGUUUACAGAGGAACAAUGCCAAACGGAGAGGAAGUGGCAGUGAAGAAGCUGCUGGGGAUAGGGAAAGGCUCGUCUCAUGACAAUGGUCUCUCCGCGGAGAUUCAAACACUGGGUCAGAUUCGACAUAGGAAUAUUGUUCGAUUGCUGGGAUUUUGUUCGAACAGAGAGACUAAUUUGCUGGUUUACGAGUACCUGCCAAAUGGGAGUUUAGGGGAGGUGCUUCAUGGGAAGAGAGGAGCGUAUCUGAGGUGGGAGACGAGGGUGAAAAUAGCGGUGGAGGCAGCGAAAGGGCUGAGUUACUUGCACCAUGAUUGUAGUCCAUUGAUAAUUCAUAGAGAUGUGAAGUCAAACAAUAUAUUGCUGGACUCAGAGUUUGAAGCUCAUGUUGCUGAUUUUGGACUAGCCAAGUUCUUGCAGGACACUGGAACUUCAGAGUGCAUGUCUGCAAUUGCUGGUUCAUAUGGAUAUAUUGCUCCAGAGUAUGCAUACACAUUGAAAGUAGAUGAAAAAAGUGACGUUUACAGCUUUGGGGUGGUACUUCUAGAGCUCAUAACAGGCCGAAGACCAGUGGGUGAUUUCGGAGAAGAAGGGUUGGACAUCGUUCAAUGGACCAAGAUCGAAACGAAUUGGAACAGAGAAGGGGUGGUAAAGAUCCUAGAUGAGAGACUGAAAAAUGUUCCAUUAGAAGAAGCAAUGCAAGUCUUCUUUGUUGCAAUGUUGUGUGUUCAUGAGCGCAGUGUAGAGAGACCAACCAUGAAGGAAGUUGUCCAGAUGCUUGCUCAAGCUAAACAACCCAAUACCUUUCACUUGAAUUAGUGGUUUCAUCACUAGCAAACAAUACAUAUGUGUUGUGGCAAUUAUAUAUAUUAGAGGUCUGGGCACAUAAUAUGUAUUUGUGAAGCAGUUAGACAGAUUAUGACUGUUAUUAAGUUUGAAACAGUUAGAUCUGAAAUGGGUAUUUUGACAGUUUUCAGAAAGAAAAAAAAGAUGUGACAAAGUUUCAUUUUCUCGGUUGUACACUUUAUAUAUACAUAUAUUUGUUUGUGUGUGUAAUCCUCCAAUUCAGUAAUGGUUGAGGCUGAUUUAUACAGCUUAAGUUUUAGGGAUCAAGGAUAUUAUUGCAGAUAAAAAAUCGACAAUCUCAGUUUACAACAUAAAUUAAUGUUUCCUUUUUA